AUGAAGAAGAUAGAGUCAAAAACGGCGAUUAUGGGUGUAUCCCUCCUGGUGAUGUUGUUUGUUUGGCACAUCAAUCUCUCGGAAAAUUUGAGGCUGGACUUCGAACUCAUUCGUUCACUAGCAGCUACUCCAAAACCAGAUAACUUCAAACGAUUAUCACCGAGAUCGAAUACUAGCGGGGGGAACCCUAUCGAUUCAACAAGUUUGCAAUCUCAGUCAUCAACAAAGAUCAUAUGUAACCGUUCUGACAAAUUCUACGAUUUCUGUUUCAUCAACGGCCCAACAGUUCUGAACCCAACGACCUCGACGUUAUUUGUAACGGACUCCACAGAACCAACCGUGGUGGAAAAAAUCAGGCCCUACCCAAGGAAACACGAGAAUUCGACGAUGUCACGGAUCCAAGAAUUCACCCUCACCUCAGGCCCACCAGGCCCAAAAUGCCAGGUGCAACACAAUGCCCCGGCGAUCGUAUUCAGUGCCGGCGGGUACACCGGGAACUUCUUCCAUGAUUUCAAUGAUGGGUUCAUCCCACUCUACAUCAUCGUCAAUUCGAUUCUCUACGAUCAAGUUCCCGUCCUAGUGAUUUCCAAAGCACGUGAUUGGUGGCUUCAAAGGUACUCAGAUUUACUACAAGUUUUUAGUGAGAACCCAAUCAUAAACCUUGAGAAUGAUACUGCCACCCAUUGUUUUCGUUCUGCCACCGUGGGUCUAAUUUCUCAUGGAUUUUUGACCAUAAACCAUAAAAUGUUAAAGACACCCAAAACACUGCCUCAUUUCCAUGCCAUCCUAGGAAAAGCCUUUGGCCAACGCCAAUCCGCCCAACGGUUGUACCGUCUGCGCCACCAAAAUGAGCGGCCGCGCAUGGUGCUAAUUAGUCGAACCGUAGGCGUCGGCCGGGCAAUAUUGAAUCAAGAGGAAGUAAUAGAAGUGGCAGAAAGAAUAGGGUUCGAGGUGGUUGUUUAUGAGCCAAGUUCAAGGACUGAUUUGCAUGCAGCAUAUGACUUGCUUAAUAAUAGCCAUGCAGUUGUUGGUGUUCAUGGUGCCGCCCUUACUCACUUGUUGUUCAUGCGGCCGGGGACUGUGUUUAUGCAAAUUGUACCGCUAGGGACGAAGUGGCCGGCAAAAGUGUGCUAUGAAGAUCCCAGUAGAGCAAUGGGGCUGCAGUACAUUGACUAUAGGAUUACGGCGGAGGAGAGCAGCUUGGUAGAAACAUACAGCAAGGAUGACAUUGUGGUUAAGGAUCCGGCUGCUAAGAUUGGUUCGGAUUGGUCUGUGGAGAUUAUGAAGAUUUAUCUCAAGGAACAGAACGUGAGGUUGGAUUUGGAUAGGUUUUCUUGGUUUUUGAAGGCCGCUUAUGACAAGGCCAAAAAGUUUAUGGAGAUGGAAGGAUAG